AUUCACUUGCAACUAAUUCAGACAAAAGCGAACACAUCGUCGUUUCCUUUUUAUCGCCAUCUGCAGAUCCAUCUUCUUUUUCUUCUCUCUUGCAUUCAAAACUUGAAAGUAAAACCUCCAUUAAACAAACACACAAAUUUCCACUACUUUAUAGUAAUAAUUUCGUUUUCAUGCAAUUCUCUUGACUUUGAACUACUCUUUUCUUUUCUCUUUGUUCUUCAAGUACAUUACAUUGCGUUUCUGAAGCAAAAAAAAUAAAAUAAAGCUUCAAAAAUAGCCUAUGGGUGCUUGCACUUCAAAACCCUCAAAUUUUUCCGUCGAUGACAUUACCGUCGCCGGCGACGGCGCUAUAUUUCCGGUGAAAUCUGGACCGAGCAAUGACGACGAUGUUAACAGCCAUCAGACGAAGAAUGACGAACCUAGUGUGGGUAAAAAGUCACCCUUUUUCCCCUUCUACAGUCCAAGUCCGGCGCAUUAUUUGUUCUCAAAGAAAUCUCCGGCUACGAAUGCCAGCUCUAAUUCUACUCCCAUGAGGUUCUUCAAACGGCCGUUCCCUCCGCCUUCUCCGGCGAAGCACAUCCGUUCUCUGUUGGCCAGGCGACAUGGCACCGUAAAACCGAACGAGUCUGCAAUACCCGAAGGGAAUGAAUCUGAGGUCGGAGAUGGAGGAGGCGCGGGGCUAGAUAAGAGCUUUGGAUUUUCGAAGAAUUUUGUGAACAAGUAUGAGAUGGGAGAGGAAGUAGGAAGAGGGCAUUUUGGGUAUACUUGUAAAGCUAAGUUUAAGAAAGGUGAAGUCAAGGGACAAGAGGUUGCUGUUAAAGUCAUCCCCAAAUCAAAGAUGACUACUGCAAUAGCCAUUGAGGAUGUGAGAAGGGAGGUGAAGAUAUUAAGAGCUUUGACGGGACAUAAUAAUUUAGUAAAGUUUUAUGAUGCAUAUGAAGACCCCAACAAUGUGUACAUAGUCAUGGAGCUAUGUGAAGGAGGCGAGCUUUUGGAUAGAAUACUCUCGAGAGGUGGGAAGUACACAGAAGAUGAUGCAAAGUCUGUAAUGAUACAAAUACUGAAAGUUGUUGCAUUUUGCCAUCUUCAAGGUGUGGUGCACCGGGAUCUCAAACCAGAGAACUUCUUAUUCACAUCUAAGGAUGAAAACGCACAACUUAAAGCAAUAGACUUUGGAUUGUCUGAUUUUGUGAAGCCAGAUGAAAGACUUAAUGAUAUUGUCGGUAGUGCAUAUUAUGUAGCGCCGGAGGUUCUACACAGAUCUUACAGUACAGAGGCUGAUGUGUGGAGUAUAGGUGUCAUAGCAUAUAUCCUGUUGUGUGGAAGCCGUCCUUUUUGGGCUCGAACAGAAUCUGGGAUAUUUAGAGCUGUCCUAAAAGCUGAUCCAAGUUUUGACGAACAGCCUUGGCCUACAUUAUCUUCUGAGGCAAAAGACUUUGUGAAACGUCUGUUGAAUAAAGAUCCCCGGAAAAGAAUGACCGCAGCUCAGGCUUUGGGUCACCCAUGGAUAAAGAAUAGUCACAACAUGGAGGUGCCUUUGGAUAUUUUGAUAUUCAAACUAAUGAAAGCUUACAUGAGGUCCUCUGCUCUUAGAAAAGCUGCACUACGGGCUUUAUCAAAGACAUUGACUGUAGAUGAGCUAUUUUAUCUGAAGGAGCAGUUUGCGUUGCUGGAACCAAACAAAAAUGGCACCAUAAGCUUCAAUAACAUUAAAACGGCCCUGAUGAAACAUGCAACAGAUGCUAUGAAGGAAGCUCGCAUGCAUGAUUUUCUUGCAUCGCUUAAUGCACUGCAAUACAGGAGGAUGGAUUUUGAGGAAUUCUGUGCUGCUGCAUUAAGUGUUCAUCAGCUUGAGGCUCUUGACCGAUGGGAACAACAUGCACGUUGUGCCUAUGAAAUUUUUGAGAAGGAAGGCAAUAGGGCUAUUAUGAUAGAAGAAUUAGCUUCGGAACUUGGUCUUAGCCCUUCUGUUCCAGUCCAUGCUGUUCUACAUGACUGGCUUAGGCAUACUGAUGGAAAGCUCAGUUUUCUUGGUUUUGCAAAGUUGUUGCAUGGAGUGUCCAGCCGCUCAAUUACAAAAGUUCAAUGAUUCAAGCCACCUAAUCAGAAAAUUUAAAUGAGUUUUUUGGUUCACUCAUGUUCUCGUUCUGUUGCUGAUGCCAUUGUUGGCAAACAAAUGAGCAGUGAAGAAAUGAUGAAGAUCAACUUCUGUCCCUCAUGCUGGAGCUUCAUAGACCUCAGUAUUUUCUCAGGACAAGUGAGAUUCCACGGAACGAUUUUCAAGGAGAGGAUUAGAGUUUUGGCCAUGUGUUAUCAGAGCAAUGGCCCCCUGCAUAUAGAGUUCUUACUGUAAAGCUGUAGUUAAUUACUGUUUGAUUGCAGGUGAGAGCAUCUCUCAGCUGGUUUGACAGUGUGCGGACACACACAAGAUGUUGUAAGUUGUUGGACAUCGCUAAUGUCUACUAUUUGCCUUCUAUAAUGUUGUCUACAUCUCUUUCUUGUUGAGAAGUUCCACCACUUCUUUUCUUGCUUCUCAACUAAAGUGGAGAAAGGAAAGACGUGUGAGAGCAAGGGAGUUAAUUGUUGUUACAACAACAAAUCCAAUAUAGUCCCACAAGGUUGGGUCUGUGUACGCACACCUUAACCUCUACCUUCCAGGUAGAGACUGUUUCCGAUAUACCCUCGGCUCAAGAAAAGAUGAAAAGAAAGCAAGGGAGUUAAUUGUUGUUAAUUAGAAAAUAGCUGUAGCCUUAGAAAUGCAACAAUAGCUUGAAUGAUCUUAUAAGCCAUGGUAUUGUACAAUGGACUAUUUUUCUUGAUCAACUGUCUUCACAGUGAUGAUCAGAAGGAAUUGGCCUUUAAAGUA